AUGGUGACGGCGACGGUGAUGGUGGUGGUGGUAGGCUUUCUAACGACGAGCGCGGCGGCCAAGCUGUAUAAGGUGGGAGACGAACAGGGAUGGAACCCGAACGUCAAUUACACUCAAUGGUCCGCCGAUAAGGAAUUUUACGUCGGCGAGUGGCUCAUAUUCAAUUUCGACAAGAGGUACUACAAUGUGCUGGAGGUGAACAAGACCAGUUAUGACAGCUGCAAUGACCAAGCGUUCAUAACCAACAUCACCCGUGGCGGGCGAGAUGUGUUUGAACUCAAAGAGGCUAGGCCGUACUACUUCCUCUCAAGCGGAGGAUACUGCUACCAUGGAAUGAAACUUGCUCUUGUUGUCCAAGAACAUCCGCCGCUUGCUCCGGCACUGGCUCCAGCUGCGUCGAAUGCCUCUCCCAAUUCAUUAACUUCCUGCCCUCAGAUGUCCAUUGUGUCCCUCAUUGUGAUUUCAAUUGCUUUGUAUCACACUUUAGUUGGUGAGACUUGCAAUUAAGUUUGGCUUUUAGAAAGGAGGAAAUGGCAUUUGUAUUCAUAGUGAUGUCUAUGUGACUUGGGAUUGUGCUAGGCUAAUGACUAUCUCAUUUACGUUUUUGGCUCGCUUGUGCUUAUGUAUCUCUAUGCAUUUAGCAUAUUAAUUCAUAUAUUUGAGUGACGUUCUAUC